AGGGGGUCAGGCCGCCAUUUUGGGUUGUGUGGGUUUCCGGGACGUUCCGCGUGCCUCCUCGCUUCCGGGCAGUUCCGCACGUCAGGGGCCCCUGGGUCCCGCGUCCGAGCGUCAGGUUGGAGCCAGGAAGCGUCCCUGGGGGUAGCGGCGGCGGGGGCAGGAUGAGCGCGGAGGCGGCGGACCGGGAGGCGGCCACCUCCAGCCGCCCCUGCACCCCGCCGCAGACCUCCUGGUUCGAGUUCCUGCUGCAGGAGUCGCUGUUGGAGAAACACCUGCGCAAGCCCUGCCCGGAUCCUGCACCAGUUCAGCUUAUAGUCCAGUUUUUGGAACAGGCUUCCAAACCUUCAGUUAAUGAGCAGAACCAAGUUCAACCUCCGCCUGAUAACAAGAGAAAUCGUGUUUUAAAGCUACUUGCUCUUAAAGUUGCUGCACAUUUGAAAUGGGACUUAGACGUAUUAGAGAAAAGUUUGUCUGUUCCAGUAUUGAAUAUGUUGUUGAAUGAACUGCUGUGCAUCAGUAAAGUUCCUCCAGGGACAAAGCACGUAGACAUGGACCUGGCCACCUUACCUCCAACCACUGCCAUGGCCAUCCUUCUCUACAAUAGAUGGGCAAUUAGGACAAUUGUUCAAAGUAGUUUUCCUGUUAAACAGGCAAAACCUGGACCUCCUCAGUUAAGUGUUAUGAAUCAGAUGCAACAGGAGAAAGAGCUAACAGAAAAUAUUUUGAAAGUGCUAAAAGAACAAGCUUCUGAUUCUAUCCUGGUACUAGAGGCAGCCCUUAAGUUAAACAACGAUCUUUAUGUCCACACAAUGAGAACAUUAGACUUACUGGCUGUGGAGCCAGGCAUGGUCAAUGGAGAAACUGAGAGUUCCACUGCUGGAUUGAAAAUCAAAACCGAGGAGAUGCAGUGCCAGGUGUGUUAUGAUUUGGGUGCAGCAUACUUCCAGCAAGGCUCUACAAAUCCAGCUGUCUAUGAAAAUGCCAGAGAAAAAUUUUUUAGAACCAAAGAACUAAUUGCAGAGAUAGGUUCAUUAUCUCUUCAUUGUACCAUAGAUGAGAAGCGGUUAGCUGGCUAUUGUCAAGCAUGUGAUGUUCUCGUACCUUCCUCUGAUAGUACAACUCAACAAUUGACUCCAUAUAGUCAGGUCCAUAUUUGUUUGAGAUCUGGCAACUAUCAGGAGGUAAUAAAGAUCUUUGUUGAAGACAACUUAACCUUCAGUUUACCUGUCCGGUUCCGGCAGUCGGUCCUAAGGGAACUCUUUCAGAAAGCUCAACAGGGAAAUGAAGCCCUGGAUGAAAUCUGUUUUAAAGUCUGUGCCUGUAACACAGUCCGUGAUGUAUUAGAAGGUAGAACGAUUAGUGUUCAAUUUAACCAGCUAUUUCUUAGACCUAAUAAAGAGAAAAUAGACUUUCUUCUUGAGGUUUGUUCAAGAUCAAUAAAUUUAGAAAAAGCUUCAGAACCUUUGAAAGGAAACAUGGCUGCUUUUUUGAAGAAUGUGUGUCUGGGGUUGGAAGACCUGCAGUACGUGUUCAUGAUCUCUUCACACGAGCUCUCCAUCACGUUGCUGAAAGACGAAGAGCGGCAGCUGCUUGUCGACCAGAUGAGGAAGCGGUCCCCCAGAGUCAACCUGUGCAUCAAACCCGUGACUUCAUUUUACGACAUCCCAGCCUCAGCAAGUGUCAGCAUUGGCCAGUUGGAACAUCAGCUGAUACUGUCAGUGGAUCCAUGGAGGAUUCGACAGAUUUUAAUUGAAUUACAUGGUAUGACUUCAGAGCGUGAAUUCUGGACAGUGUCUAAUAAGUGGGAAUUACCUCUUGUCUAUAGUAGUGUCAUCCUGGGAAUUAAAGACAAUUUAACAAGAGAUUUGGUUUACAUUCUAAUGGCCAAAGGUCUGCACUGCAGUACUGUUAAGGACUUUUCCCAUGCUAAACAGCUGUUUGCUGCUUGUUUGGAGUUGGUUACAGAAUUCUCACCAAAACUUCGUCAGGUCAUGCUGAAUGAGAUGCUGCUUUUGGAUAUUUAUACGCAUGAAGCUGGAACAGGGCAGUCAGGAGAGAGACCUCCUUCUGAUCUUAUUAGUAGGGUGCGAGGAUAUCUGGAAAUGAGGCUUCCUGAUAUUCCUUUUCGUCAAGUUAUUUCUGAGGAGUGUGUGGCUUUUAUGUUAAACUGGAGGGAAAAUGAAUACCUUACUCUGCAAGUUCCUGCAUUUCUACUUCAGAGUAAUCCGUUUGUGAAGCUUGGACAGCUUUUAGCAGCUACAUGCAAAGAACUUCCAGGCCCUAAAGAAAGUAGACGGACUGCUAAAGACCUUUGGGAAGUUGUGGUUCAGAUCUGUAGUGUGUCCAGUCAGCACAAACGAGGAAAUGAUGGCAGAGUUAGUUUAAUAAAGCAGAGGGAAUCUACAUUAGGCAUAAUGUAUCGGAGUGAACUUCUUUCUUUCCUCAAAAGAUUAAGGGAACCAUUGGUUUUGACUAUUAUUUUGUCACUCUUUGUGAAACUUCAUAACGUUCGGGAGGACAUUGUGAAUGAUAUUACAGCUGAACAUAUUUCUAUCUGGCCAUCCUCCAUCCCCAACCUCCAGUCAGUGGAUUUUGAAGCUGUAGCGAUCACAGUGAAAGAGCUAGUUCGGUAUGCCCUUAGUAUAAACCCAAACAACCACUCCUGGUUAAUUAUUCAGGCGGACAUUUAUUUUGCAACAAAUCAGUAUUCGGCAGCUCUUCACUAUUACCUCCAGGCAGGAGCUGUGUGCUCUGAUUUCUUUAACAAGGCUGUGCCCCCGGAUGUUUAUACAGACCAGGUAAUAAAACGAAUGAUAAAGUGCUGUUCUUUGCUGAAUUGCCACACACAGGUGGCAAUUUUAUGUCAGUUCCUCAGAGAGAUUGACUACAAAACAGCCUUUAAAUCACUGCAGGAACAAAACAGUCAUGAUGCAAUGGACUCCUACUAUGACUAUAUAUGGGAUGUUACCAUUUUGGAAUAUUUGACUUAUCUUCAUCAUAAAAGAGGAGAAACAGAUAAAAGACAAAUUGCAUCCAAGGGACUCUCAAGAGUCUUCUCCAACACCACAGUUUGAAAGCAUCAGUUCUUCAGCACUCAGCCUUCUUUACGGUCCAACUCUCACAUCCAUAUGCGACUGUUGGAAAAACUACAGCUUUGACUAUGAGGACCUUUGUUGGCAAAGUGAUGUCUCUGCUCUUUAAUACAUUACCCAGGUUUGUCAUAGCUUUUCUUCCAAGAAGCAAGGGUCUUUUAAUUUCAUGGCUGCAGUCACCAUCCACAGUAAUUUUGAAGCCCAAGAAAAUGAAAUUUCACUGCUUCCAUGUUUUCCCUUUCUGUUUGCCCUGAAGUGUUGGGAUUGGAUGUUAUGAGGUUAGUUUUUUGAAUGUUGAGUUUUAAGCUGGCUUUUUCAUUCUCCUCUUUCACCCUCAUCAAGAGGCCAUCUAGUUCCUCUUCACUUUCUGCCAUUAGAAUGGUAUCAUCUGCGUAUCUGAGGUUGUUGAUUUGUUAAAACUUUCUGUUUGGACUAAACUGUAUGGCCAUUAUUUAGAGGCGACAGAGUGACAACAGCAUCUUAAAAAAAAAGAGAGACAAGAGAAUAUAGUACCAGUUCCACUUUAUUGGAAGCUACUCAUUCUUUCGUUUAUAACUUAACCAGGGUUGCAAGGUAAUGCUGAAAAUUUCUCAGUACCCUGAUGAGAUUUCCAGACUACCUCUACUUGUAUCAUUUUUUAAGCCCCUUCUUGGGAGCUUAAACCUGCCUCCUUACUAGCUCAUGUAGACACUAACCUAGUUGUUCCUCUGCAUGUAUCAAAAAAUGUAUAAUCGACUUAUCCAGCUCCCCAACAUUCCAAGUUCCAUUGUCAUCUUUACUCUUCAUCAGCCUCCAGUAUCCAUAGCCAGGCCUUUUUGACAGAAUUGCUCUAUGAAGAUCUCUCUGCCAAUAAUCUGUCCCUUUCUUAGCUCUUGCCUUUCAUAUUUCUCAUCAUCACGGGAUGUUCAAGUUCAUGACCAAGUAUUCCCCAAUCUCUCACCCCUUUCCCUUUGCCGUCUUUCCUCCUGGCCUGGAGUACAGCAGACACUGGCCUGUGGACUCCAUGGCCUGCAACCUUAGUUGGCCCCUGAUUUCUUUUGUCUACCUGCCACUAGUCAAUGGUGUGCCUUCUUUUUAGGGAAUAUUUUAGACUUUUGCCCUAUUAAGCCCUGUCCUCUCUCU